UGCGCAGUGCACGUGCGAUUGCAUUUCGUCACGAAUACUCGCGACAAGAGAGGUCUGUUCAAGAAAUUGGAGUACCGCGUGCAGAGGAAACUCUUGUGAACGGGUUCACCCUGUGUACAGGUAACGAGAGGCGAUUUGCCGGGGGACGAGAAUGGAAAUUAACGUCGGGACUUUUCAUAGGUCGCGCCGUGACCGGGCGGUCUCGAAUCGUUUGUCAAAAUCGGAAACAAGGGGGAGGAAAAUGUCGAGCUCGCCGAGGGUCCGGCAAAUGCCGCCGAGGCCGAGGAUCACCCUUCCGGUCCCGGGGCAGUACGGUCCCUAUGCACAAACCCCCAUGGGAUACGUAACCACCCCAUAUGGGCAGACGCCAAUGCCCAUGACACCUGUCGCCGGCCAGCCGAAUCUCAUGUACUCCAACAAAGCCAGCGAGUUCAUGUUCGCGCAAUUUAGGGGAAUCAAGGACUUCACGAAGUCCGGGUUAAGCGUCGGCGAGAAGAGCGCCUUCUGGAUCUACGAGAAGGUAAACCCCUUAAAGAGCCACGCAAGUGUCAUUCUGUAUACACCGAGACGUCAAAGCAAUUAUGAAACUAAUCCCCGAACUGGGUGUACCGAAUUGUUUGAAAUUUUAACACCUUAA